ACGUAUAUAUGUGUCCAACUUGAGGGUUCAUAUUAAAAGUCUGUGUAUAUCACUUAUAUCAAAAGGUUCAAUGAGGAAUUGGUUCAAAAGAAAAAUGAAGAAAAACACAGAGAAGAAAGAUAGUAGUAUAGCAAAAAGAUGGAUGCUUCUUAGUGGAAAGAACAACUGGGAAGGCCUUAUGGAUCCUUUAGACUACAAUCUACGUCGAUAUAUUAUUCACUAUGGAGAAAUGGCUCAAGCAAGUUAUGACAACUUCAAUUCUAACAAGGCUUCCAAAAAUGCAGGGAAUAAUCGAUAUUCCAGGAAUAAUUUCUUCACAAAAGUAGGACUCGACAAAGAUCACAACAAUCCCUUCAAGUAUCGCGUAACAAAAUAUUUAUACGCAACAUCUUCAAUUCAGGUACCUGAAGCGUUUAUAGUAAAAUCAUUGUCAAGGGAGUCAUGGAGCAAGGAAUCAAAUUGGAUAGGUUUCAUCGCGGUGUGUACAGAUGAGGGAAAAAUAGCAUUAGGAAGAAGAGAAAUUCUUAUUUCAUGGAGAGGAACAGUUCAAACAUUGGAUUGGGUAAAUGAUCUUGAUUUUUUUCAAGUUUCAGCACCCGAAAUCUUUAGAGGUAAUACUGAGCCUCAAAUACAUCGAGGCUGGUACUCAAUUUAUACUUCAGAUGAUCCACGAUCACCUUUCAAUAACACAAGUGUUAGAGACCAGGUGGUUGAGGAAGUAAAGAGAUUGGUAGAAGAGUACAAAAGUGAGAAAAUGAGCAUAACAAUUACAGGGCAUAGCAUGGGGGCAGCAGUUGGAACGCUAAACGCCAUUGACAUAGUUGUGAAUGGAUUCAAUAAAGGAUGUCUAGUGACAGCGAUUUUAUUUGCAAGUCCACGAGUGGGAGAUUCAAAUUUUGUAAAUGCAUUUUCUAAGCUAGAAAAUCUUAGAAUUUUACGCGUUACAAAUUGCCUUGACAUAAUUCCAAAUUAUCCCUUGAUAGACUAUUCAGAAAUCGGAGUUGAACUAGGUAUUGAUACAACAAAAUCAAAGUAUUUAAAAGUACCUGGAGAUAUAAGAAGCUGGCAUAGCUUAGAAGCUUAUAUGCAUGGAGUUGCUGGAUAUCAAGGGGCUAAUGGUGGAUUUAAGCUUGAAGUAGGACGCGAUAUUUCGCUCCUUAAUAAGCAUUUAAAUGCAUUGAAGGAUGAAUAUUGUGUACCAACUUGUUGGUGGGUUGAGAAGAAUAAUGGAAUGGUACAACAAGAUGAUGGAUAUUGGAAGUUGAUGGAUCAUGAAGAUGAUGAUGAUUCUGUUUAUGCAUAAAUGGACUUUUGUUUGUAUUAAUAAAAAGAUGUGUUAUGUUGAGAAGAUAUUAUAUGACGUUGACAAUUUUUGAAUAA